CCUAAUGAUAAUCCAUUUGUGACUGCUCUGCCAAUAAUUUCACAAGUGUUCAUUCCGUUUUCGAAUUUAACUGACUCCGGUGAAGUUGUGUGUUUUGUGACUGUCUAUUCAAUAUCAAAGUUCAUCGAAUUCAUCUCCUUUGAGCAAACAUGUUUACCUUGAAUGAUUUUCAUCUACACCGACAUGUAUAAAAUGAAGUGCACACACCUUUUGCCGUUAGUCAGCGGUGCCUACAAAUUUCGCGACGAUGAGCUCAUCAAACGACAACGCAAUUAAUUCACAAAGUAACACAGAAUCUAUUUCCAAUCAGUUUUCUGUUGAACAGAGGAGCAGGGAGUUCAUUUGGAAGACUUUCAUCAUAGUGUCACUCCAGAUUGCAAUUGUGUGGGAAAUCUGUUCUUUCGUGUUACUUACUGAAACACUUCGUCACUGGAUGUCGAAUACUCCUUGGUUUAUCUGGACGUGCGGAAUUCUGGGGACACUUCUGCAACUGGAAAUGCUGCUUAUACCACAAUUACAAUUCGCGUUCCCCUACAAUUAUAUGUACUUGAUAGUGACUAUACUCAUCAUGCUGUGUGGAUUCGCCAUGAUAUGGACAGUAAUUUCGGAGAUAGGUAUCAUUGUUCAAGCACUUCUUGGUGAUAGACGAUUCACAUUCCGAAAUGAUCAACACGUACUCGGUGGACUGAUAAUUGGCAUGUUAAUUAUCUGGCUGAAUUUGCUUGUUUCAACGGAGGUGGCCAUCUCCCACGUGUUGUUCAGUCCUAAGCAGCAAACACCAGCUCUUUCUGCAUCAGGAUGAUGUGUGUGUGUUAUAAAUACCUGUAUUAUCAAUUUUAUUUUAUUUAUUUUAGUACAUUUCAAAAUUCAAUAAAAGUGAGAAUAUUUUUGAUGCUGAAGUAUCGAGAAUGAGUAGAAACUGCAGUUUCUUCAUAUUGGCGUAGGAAUUCCGGAUGUUAUUUUCUUG